AUGGAGAAGCUCUUCGUGGAUACUAUCAACACACGGUUCGAGAAAACGAACGGGUUAGUCUUCGAAGUGUUAACGGCGAUGGCGUCUGCGCCUUCUUCUUCUCAUCAUCAUCGACAACAAGAGCCUCCCUCGGUCGUUGAUGUCGACAAGAAGAAAGCGAAAGAAAGAAAAACUGCCAGAGCAGUUUUUGACAAGCAGAAACAGAAGUGGACGAAGCCGAAGAAGAUAUCGAUGAAAGGGAAAGCAUCGAUGUUUUUGCGCUUUCAACAAGCGGUCACGUUGGACGAUUUCUUGGACGGAUACAACGCGCAACUGACGAUGACUGCCGACAAACUUUCUUUGCUGACACCGGCAGAAAGGUCGAAACGGUCUUCGUAUCUCAACUACUGA